AUGGAGUCUCCGGUGAUGGCUUAUGCUUACGAUAUAACGCCGAAUUACUCUUACAUUUUCGAAUUCGAGAACGAAUUUAUUCAUACCGACUAUCGGAAAUGGAUGACGGAAAAUUGGACUGUGGCGUUUUACUACGUGGGGGUUUACAUGGCGUUCAUUUUCGGCGGUCAAUACUACAUGCAGAACAGACCCAGAUUCGAGUUACGGCGGACGUUAAUGAUAUGGAAUUGUUCACUAGCAGCAUUUAGCAUCAUGGGCGCCUGUCGGACGCUGCCAGAAUUUAUUCACGUGUUACGGAACUAUGGGAUCUAUCACUCUAUUUGUGUGCCAAGUUUCAUCGAACAAGACAAAGUGUCCGGCUUUUGGACAUGGAUGUUCGUGUUAUCGAAGUUGCCGGAGUUAGGCGACACCGUAUUCAUAGUUCUACGUAAGAAGCCCCUAAUCUUCUUGCACUGGUACCAUCACAUCACCGUCCUGCUUUACACCUGGUACUCCUUCACGGAGUACACGUCCUCGGCUCGUUGGUUCGUGGUUAUGAACUACUGCGUCCAUAGUGUAAUGUACUCGUACUACGCGCUGGUGAGCAUGGGCAAGUACCCGCCGAAGAUGCUGGCGAUGACCAUCACGGUGCUGCAGCUGACGCAGAUGAUCGUGGGUUGCGCCAUCAACGUGUGGGCGCACAACUACAUGGCCACCAGCACCACGCCCACCAGCUGCCACAUCAGCCAGAUCAACAUCAAGCUCUCCAUGGCCAUGUACUUCUCGUACUUCGUCCUCUUCGCACAGUUCUUCUACAAAGCCUACCUCUCCCCCAAAACUGGCAAGAAGGCCAAGACCGAACCAAUCCCCGACGUCCCCGUCAGCAAGAAAGUCAACUACAACAACGUAAACAAUGGUUACCCGCGACAGAGGAACGGCGUUGUCGCACACUAG